CCACAGACGCCAGACACCUUACAAACCACAUUUCCUCAAUUCGGUCGACCGUACCGAUGCAACUUUUUUUCCUUCAUGGUCUUCUUGGAGUGGCAGUAGAAGCCGAAAGCUGUUUGUUCGUGGAAAAUAUGUUGAAUUUCGGAAGGUCUCUGUAAGCGGACCUUUUGAGGGGACGUCGUGGAUUUACUUUCACAGACGGUAGAAAUACGAGGAGCGCGUUAAAGCGUGUGUAUGUAUGUAGACAUGGCAGGGCUGUGCACAUCCGGGCCACAGGACCGUGACUCCAUUAUUUUCUGUUCACUGUGAAACUGGCGUUGAGGGGAACCAAAAAGCAACUCUGUAACACAUUCGACCCUUUUUGUAGUAGUCAGCCUGGAUAAGGGUCAAGGACAUGUCUAAUCAAGGAGUUAGAAGGAAUGGACCCGUGAAGUUGCGUUUAACAGUUCUAUGCGCUAAGAACCUGGUGAAGAAAGACUUCUUCCGGCUACCAGACCCUUUCGCUAAGGUGGUCGUGGAUGGUUCAGGGCAGUGCCAUUCAACAGACACAGUGAGAAAUACUCUGGAUCCCAAAUGGAACCAACACUAUGACCUAUAUAUCGGCAAGUCAGACUCCAUCACCAUCAGCGUGUGGAACCAUAAGAAGAUCCACAAGAAACAGGGAGCGGGAUUCCUGGGAUGCGUACGACUCCUCUCCAACUCCAUUAACCGACUUAAGGACACAGGCUAUCAGCGUUUGGACCUGAACAAGUUAGGGCCCAAUGACAGCGAUACCGUGAGGGGACAGAUUGUAGUUAGUCUUCAGUCUCGGGACAGGAUAGGCAGUGGAGGGCCAGUCGUGGACUGCAGUCGUCUGUUUGACAAUGAUCUGCCUGAUGGCUGGGAGGAGAGGAGAACUGCAUCUGGCCGGAUCCAGUAUCUGAAUCAUAUCACACGCAGCACCCAGUGGGAAAGACCUACCAGGCCUGCAUCUGAGUACUCAAGCCCCGGCCGGCCUCUCAGCUGCCUGGUAGAUGAAAACACACCCAUCAUGACACCCAAUGGGGCAGCGGGUGUACCUGCAGACGACCCACGGGUGCAGGAGCGGAGGGUUCGCUCUCAGAGACACAGAAACUACAUGAGCAGAACUCACCUACACACACCGCCCGACCUGCCUGAGGGAUAUGAGCAACGGACCACGCAGCAGGGCCAAGUCUACUUCCUGCACACACAGACGGGCGUCAGCACAUGGCAUGACCCCAGAGUGCCCAGGGAUCUUAGUAAUGUAAACUGUGAGGAGUUGGGUCCAUUGCCCCCGGGCUGGGAAAUAAGGAACACCGCCACGGGACGGGUAUAUUUUGUGGACCACAACAACAGAACAACACAAUUCACAGAUCCUCGUCUCUCUGCCAACCUACACCUCGUCCUAAAUCCCAGUCCGAAUGGCUCGCGUGCUGCAGUUGAGGCUCAGAGCAGCAGUCGUCCUGGACAGUUGAAGGAGCAAGCUCAAUCUGUCGUGUCCCCCGGAAAUCUCCCCGAGGAUCCUGAAUGCCUCACAGUGCCCAAGUACAAGAGAGAUCUGGUUCAGAAGCUGAAGAUUCUGAGACAGGAGCUGUCCCAGCAGCAGCCUCAGGCAGGACACUGCCGCAUCGAGGUCUCACGCGAGGAAAUCUUUGAGGAGUCUUACCGGCAGGUGAUGAAGAUGAGGCCGAAGGACCUGUGGAAGAGGCUGAUGGUCAAAUUCAGAGGAGAGGAAGGUCUCGACUAUGGUGGAGUCGCCAGGGAAUGGUUAUACUUGCUGUCACACGAGAUGUUAAAUCCAUACUAUGGGCUGUUCCAAUAUUCACGAGAUGACAUCUACACGCUACAGAUCAACCCGGACUCAGCCGUCAAUCCAGAACAUUUGUCUUAUUUCCACUUUGUGGGGAGGAUUAUGGGAAUGGCUGUUUUCCAUGGUCACUAUAUAGACGGGGGCUUCACUCUGCCCUUCUACAAGCAGUUGCUAGGCAAACCCAUCACUCUGGAUGACAUGGAGUCAGUGGAUCCGGACCUGCACAACAGCCUCGUCUGGAUCCUAGAUAAUGACAUCACUGGGGUGUUGGACCACACAUUCUGCGUUGAACACAAUGCUUACGGAGAGAUCAUUCAGCAUGAGCUUAAACCCAACGGCAAGAGCAUCCCGGUCACGCAGGACACCAAGAAGGAGUAUGUGAGGCUGUAUGUAAACUGGCGGUUCCUGAGGGGCAUCGAGGCUCAGUUCCUGGCCCUGCAGAAAGGCUUCAACGAAGUCAUUCCACAACACCUGCUCAAGGCAUUUGAUGAGAAAGAGCUGGAGCUAAUUGUGUGUGGAUUGGGGAAGAUCGACAUCAACGACUGGAAGUCAAACACUCGUCUGAAGCACUGCACACCUGACAGUAACAUUGUGAAGUGGUUCUGGCGGGCCGUGGAGUCGUAUGAUGAGGAGAGGAGAGCUCGACUGCUGCAGUUUGUCACCGGAUCCUCCAGAGUCCCGUUGCAAGGAUUCAAAGCCCUGCAAGGUGCCGCUGGUCCACGUCUCUUCACCAUUCACCAGAUCGAUGCCAGCACUAACAACCUGCCCAAAGCACACACUUGCUUUAACCGAAUCGACAUUCCUCCAUACGAGGGCUAUGAUAAACUCUACGACAAGCUGCUGACAGCCAUCGAGGAGACGUGCGGCUUCGCUGUGGAAUGAUGUCCCACGGUGGCGCUCACACACAACCCUUUCUCCAGACGGGAUGGACCGGUCAUCCAGACCAUAGGCGUGUGGGCCUCGUGGGGAAGCUCAGCCUCUCGGGCUGAGGAACGGUGGAUUACACCGCAGCACUCGACGUCUGAUGCUGCUAUCCCCCUCUUUCUGCAUUAUUUGAAAAGAAGAGAAGAAAACAACCUAUCUUUUCAGCUGCUAGUAACUCUUUUAUUUACUAUUUUGGAACCUCCUCUUCCACCUUUUGUUUUUUUUUUAAGUCCAUAUCUAGAUUUUUUUUUGCAUUAAGACAACAUAUUAACAGUAUUUCAUGUAGCAUUUUGACAGACUAGACUUUAGGAGAGGCUGAACUUUAGCAGGGCGCAGAACAAGAGCGGCAUAAGCUAAUGUAGAAGCACUACUGUCCUUACCGAAGACGCCAAUGUCAACAAAAGACUGCAGAGUUGGUCAUUAUUUUUGGGACUUGAAGCUUUUCUCGUUGCACAGGGUGCUGAUCUUGGACCCCUUUGGAUCAGGGAAAUGGACUCCGCUGGCUUGUUUUUGGGUGCCCUGCACCAGACUACCUGUGCUCCAUUACUCGAGAUCACCGGUGUCCGCAGUCUAGCUUUAUUUUUAUAUACGCUGUGAGAGGUAAAACGUAAAAAAAAAAAUAUACAGAUAUAAUAUAUUGGCAUCGUCACAGGAAUCGUUGCCGAUGUUUCCAGAGCAAAAAUAUUAAUAAAAAAAGAAGAGAGAAAUGAAGUUUUAAAUCGGAAAGGCAGUGAGGUUGGCAUUGGCUUGCUUUGAAUGUCUGGCAGGUUUUUUUUAUUUGUUGUUUUUUAAAGGAAAAUUGUGAAGAAAAGCAUUUUAAUAUGUUGCAUUAUUGGUGUCUUUUUUUUGGUAAUGGAUUUGGAAUUUGUCUCAGAUGUCAAUCGAACCCUUUAAACGAAUUAAAUGCAUGUCAAUGAGAUGUGAAA